AUGGCGGCGCCUUCAACGAAAGAAAGAGAGCUCCAGCUUCUAGAUAGUGUGGAACUCAAGAUCCUGGGCGUUGCCAACAAGGAGAAGAAGCUACACGAAUUGUUACAACGAUAUCUUCCGCCUGUCAUUGUCAAGGCUGCUAGCGAACAUGCUCCGGUUCGAGCUAAAGUCGUUCAGAUCUUCUCCAGACUAAAGACAUUUAUCCAACCGUCAGAGGUCAUCCUACCUGUUGGUGCCCUUCUUGAUCAGUACAAGUCAAAUGACUCUCCACUAGUCAAACAGCUUGAUAUCUCAGGGAUACAACACAGCGUAGAGCGCCUGGAUGACUAUGAACGAAGAGAGCUUAUCCCCAAAGCUUUAGCUGGUUUCUCCAAGGACAAAGGGCUUGCUCGAGCUGGACCUUUCUUCAACAUCAUUCUUCGACUUCUUCUGGAUGCCCGGAUACCACCAAGAGGCAGCAAAGAUGACACCGAAUACCGACAAGCGAUCGGACUCUCUGAUGAAGCUGAUGCGAAAUUCCUUGCCAACCUUAUUAGCAUCUUUCUACGACUACGGAACCCUACGCAAAACCAGAACUGGACCGAAGCAAACCCGACUCUAACCAAAUCCGAGCUCGAGUCGCUCGCUGUGGAGAGUCCAGAGUCGCAAAAGGUCUUUGAGAGAAUGUCAGAGCUAAAACUCAAGCUCGUUGCCUUACUCGCAAGUGGCGCCUUCACCGACGAGGAAAAGUUCCUACCUGCACUUUAUGCUGCUUCAAGUUUCGAUAACAGGCUAGUGUCUGCUGCUGAGGAAGUGUUGAAGCGAAGUUCCGUCUCCAUGGAGGAUGAGACUCUUGUGAAGCGUCUGUUUCAUGCUCACUCGAUACUACCAUCGACAUACCGAACUCGUAUUCUCAACAUGCUCUCAAAAUCCACAAUCUCAGCAACUAUGUCUGACGACAUUAUGAAUGUUGUCAAGCUCAACUUCUCGACUGCAGAUGAAGCCUCAGACACCUUUUCACAAAGCUUACUACCGAAAAGUACAUUGGAACAAGUCAAACUCCACACUGCUGCGUUCCAAUACCUUGCUUGGGUAGCUCGUGUUGGGCCUUCACAAGAAGGAUUUGACAUUGCUGUUCCUCUAAUCAACACCAUGAGCGGCUUCAUCGAGGGAGACGGCUGGCCUGUCCCCGAGAGGACAUCGCACGACGAUAUUGCACUUCGAUCCAAGGCAUACGAGACAAUCGGUGUACUGGCGAGAAGCGCCAAUAUGCCUAUCGAAACGCGACUAAACCUUGCCGGAUGGCUUUUCAAGUCUUUGUCCCAAGAUCCUACCAACGACGCCGUUGUUAACAUUGAUGGCGCCCUUUCUAGCUUGACUACCAACAUUCCAGCUACUGCAGGCAGUGAGUCUGAAGAAUUGAAGGCAAUGUUGCUCACAUACAUGUCUCUUCCUGACGAGCCCCCUGUUAUCAGGAGUACUCGUCAUGCUGUGGUCAAGUGGGCGAACCAGUGCCUUACAUUUUCCGAUAUCCUUGGCCGUUGGAUCGAUGUUCUAGCAAUCGGAGCUCACCAAGAUGAGAGAAGCGAUGUUAUUGAACAAGGCCAUAAAGGUCUAGAUCCUUGGACUUACCACGCACAUGCCGAGGCAGACCCUGCCCUGCCGGACUGGAUGGAAAUGGUGGCCGUCUUCUUUGGAUCUCAGAUCACGCCAGAAACACACGCUGAUGCAGCUCCACCUGAUCUCAAAUUCCAUCACUCUGUGUUUGAGAACUUUGAGGGAUGUCGAAAAGCUGCUUUCCCUGUUGCAUUGAAGUACUGCAAGCACAUCAUGUUCCUUACCGCUCUCAAGGACUUUGAGGUGCAACCUGAUUGGAUGCAGACCCUUGAUGCUAGAGUCAAGACUGAUAUCAAGACUCGAGAGAAGAUUCUUGGGUAUUUGCACACUGUCGAUAGUGCGUAUGUUGUCUUUUACCUCAAGGCUUGUCUGGAUGGAGCCUAUCUCAAAGACUCCCCGAUCACCGAAGAAUGUCUGCGUUGCUUCGUUGACGUUGCCUCCCUUAGCCCUGGUGGUGCACUGGGAUACUUGACCGACUCCAGCGAGGGUCUCUUCAAGUUGAUAAAGUCAAACAACAAGGAGAUCCGAUCACUAACAGCGCGAGCUAUGGGUAUCCUCGUGUCACAUUUAGCAAAUGACGCUACUACUAUCAACAACUACCGUCAAACUUUGAUCUCGUUCUAUGAGAAUGCUGAAAAGUUGGUUGGACCUGAACUCAACGCGGCAGAGGGAGGACUACUAGCAUACAGUUACGUGUGCUCACGCAGCGUCUACUAUGGACAGCCAGUACCUGAAGAUGUCUCCUAUCCCCUGCACCUUCUCACAGGCGAGAAUAUACGCUCCUCUCUAUAUGAAACUGCACUGGAGGCUUUUGCUCAGCUAUGGACUGCUGGUCUGGCUAUUCCUCAACGCGAAGGAGACCAUCCUCUGGAAACAGUCAUCAGCAAGCUCGUCACCCAAGCGAAGAAGGGCAACGAGAAAGCAAUUCUUGCACUUGGGAGAUUGGCCGCUGGAUUGAGCGAAAGUGAAGAGACCGAAAAGGAGAGUGAAGAUGGCUGGUCACACGGAAUUAUUGGCAACAUUCUCAAGGAAUUGUUUGCUCUGCACGAGAUCAAGCAAGUCGAGGUUCAAUUCACCGUCGGAGAUGCAAUCACUGCAACCUUGGCGCGAUGGGAAUCCGACUACGUCAGGUUGACUUUGGACGUCGAAUCUCGCAGCUGUAUUCAGAAGCGCAAUGGUUCUAGGGGAACACUUCUUACUGCCGUUCUCAACAAGAUCUUCGCAGACUGCAAAGCCACAAAGCCAUCGCUGCUCAAGGCUUCGGGCAUCUGGCUGUUCUGUAUUGUUCAGUACUGUUCCCAUUUGGAAGAAGUACAGUCAAGGCUACGUGAGAUCCAAGCUUCUUUCAUGAGACUUCUCAGUGCGCGUGACGAGCUCGUGCAAGAAACUGCCUCUCGUGGUUUGUCUUUGGUUUAUGAACGUGGUGAUGCGGAUCUCAAGAGUGCCCUUGUUAAGGAUCUUGUCUCUGCAUUUACAGGCACUGGCACUCAGCUCAAGGUUGACCAAGAGACAGAACUCUUUGAGCCUGGUGCACUUCCAACUGGUGAGGGCAACUCAAUUACUUCCUACAAGGACAUUGUCAAUCUUGCCAAUGAAGUUGGUGAUCAGAGACUUGUGUACAAGUUCAUGUCGCUGGCUGCAAAUGCUGCAACCUGGUCAACCCGUUCUGCUUUUGGUCGCUUUGGCCUCAGCAACAUCCUGUCAGAAUCGGAAGUUGACCCAAAGCUGUAUCCUAAGCUUUACCGUUACCGAUUCGACCCUAACCAGAAUGUCCAAAGGUCCAUGGAUGACAUCUGGAAGGCACUUGUCACAGACACAGGCGCCGUUCUCAGCACGCACUUUGAUGAUAUUUUAGACGAUCUUCUCAAGAGUAUUCUGGGCCGAGAAUGGCGUAUGCGAGAAGCAAGUUGUGCAGCCAUCUCCGAAUUGAUCCAGGGUCAACCAUUCGUCAAAUAUGAGAAGCGAUACCGAGAGAUUUGGACCUCAGCUCUGAAAGUCCUUGAUGAUGUAAAGGGCUCUGUCAGAGAAGCCGCUUUUAAACUCUGCAGAACUCUAUCCAACACUCUUGUUCGUCAACUCGAGGAGGGAACCAGUGGAUCUGCUGCCCAGGGGAUGAUGAAAGAAGCUCUUCCAUUCCUUCUUUCUGAUAAGGGUAUUGAAAGCUCGGCCAAGGAGGUUCAAGCCUUUGCAGCUAUUACUGUCAUUGAGCUUACCAAAAAGGGCGGCAAGGCUCUCCGGCCAUUCAUCCCAGACAUGGUUCCUCAACUCCUGGGUUUGUUGAGUUCCAUCGAACCCGAGCAGAUCAAUUGGCACUACCAACGAGCUGGAGAAGAUAGCAGAGACCAAAUCGACAAAAUCCGAUCACAAAUGGUGAACCGGUCUCCCAUUUCGGAAGCCAUCGAGAACUCACUGCGUUUUAUUGAUGCAGAUGUCAUGGCGGAACUGGCACCUCAAUUGGAAAACACCAUCAAGACUGCGAUUGGUAUGCCAACAAAGAUUGGAUGCAGCAGGGUUCUAACAACACUGUUCACACGCCAUACAAACGACGUCAAAGGUGUCAGCAACAAGUUCCUGCAGAUUAUGGAGAAGCAGACUAUGGACAAGAAUGACGAAGUCAGUCAAGCAUAUGCUCGUGCUACCGCGUACAUGUUGAGAGUUGCAUCAGACUCAGCCAAGACUCGUUUCUGCAAAAAGUUCAUUGAUAUGUACUUUGCAGCAGAGGAAGAGACACGUCGUCAAAAGAUUGCAGAUGUGAUUGUGGCGUUGGCCAAGGUCUCACCUGAUCAUUUCACUGCACUCGAGACUCAACUGCUGCCGUUCUCUUUUCUGGGUUCUCAUGAUACUGAUGAGUAUACUGCCAAGGUGUUCAAGGAAGUAUGGGAACAGCACGCUGGAAGCAGCCGCACUGUCGUUCGCUACGUCCCAGAGAUUGUUUCCCUUGUGGAAAGAUGCUUGGACACUGCGCAAUGGGCUCUGCGACAUGGCGGAGCUUUCACUGUAGCUGCAAUGGUAUCUGAUGUUGCAAGCGCAAGCGACGCCAGUGGUCAAAUUAGCGAUGCCAACUUGACCAAGAUCUGGCCAGUCUUUGAGAAGACACUGGCUCUGAAGACCUUUGAAGGCAAAGAAAAGCUCCUUGACUCUUAUCCUCAAUUUGUUGAGAAGGGCCGCAGUCUCUGGUCUUCAGACUCCAAAAUUGCUGCGCAGAUGGAGAAGAUUGCUCUUCGAGAGGCAAAGCGCAACAAUGAUGAGUACCGUGUUCAUGCAUUCAGCUGUCUAUGGAAGUUUGCCAAGGCUCGCGAUGAUCUAGAGAUGCUCGACAAGAUCACAGAAGUUGUGACACCCUACCUUGAUGAGUUGAAGGGCGAAGAUGACAAUGAGGACAAGAUGGAUAUCGAUUCAAAGGAUCACGCCAAGAAGGAGCAGCUUGCUGAAAAGACUGCCUCCAACGGCUUUGAAGCUAUCGCUCGAGGAUACAACCGCACAACCAUCAAGCAGGAUUCCCUUCCAGUCGUGACAAAGAUCAUCAACAUCCUCAAGCCUUACCUCGAAAGCCCCAACUUUGCUUCAAUCAAGCGACAAGUUUGGUACGAGUGUGUUCGCGAUCUCAUGGAUGAUGCAGUAUCUCCGUCAAAGCAGCAAAACGACGAAGGCGCCGUGGCGUUGACUUAUCUUUUGAGUCUUGAUAUCGACUUGGUUGAUACUGGCACUGAAUCACAGAGAGUCAUGAGGGCUAAGGCUGUGGGUGCUUUGUUUAAGGCAAAGGCGAGAGGUGUGUUUGGUCAGAGUGGUCCCGAUGGGGCUCAGUUGAAGGGGAUGGUUAGCAGGGCUUUGGAAGCUGAGAGAUCGCUGGAGGUGCAGAGGGUGUUGAGAGAUAUCCUUGUUGAGAUGGAAUAA